GGCUUGUCUUGGAGGAGGGAAGCAGAUCUAUUGCAAUUCACCAAGAAUGUAAUGUGCAACGGUUACUAAUGUAUUAAAUCCCAGUUUAUCUGGCUUAAAAAACUAGGGUGAGCGAAUUUUCCACAAGAUUUUCUAGGAUUUCUCUUAGUAAAUUAAUUACGUUCUACUCAAGUGUGAGGGUGAUAAUUCCAACAAGGAAUCGUCCCACCCCUAGUAUUAACCUAAUAAGCAAUGAUUCUUCUACCAGUGCAUUGGCCCGUGUGACCUGUCCGCACCAUCCUGAUGCACAUCUUAUUGAAGAUUACAGAGCUGGUGACAUGGUCUGUGCAGAAUGUGGGCUUGUAGUGGGAGAUAGAGUGAUCGACGUUGGGUCGGAAUGGAGGACAUUCAGCAACGACAAAGCUAACAGUGAUCCGUCACGUGUUGGAGCUGCUGAGAACCCACUGCUGAGUGGCAGUGAUCUUUCAACAGUUAUUGGGCGUCCUACAGGUAGUUCAGGGUUUGAUGACAGUGGACAACCAAGAUACCAGACCAAUAGACGAACUGUAUGUAUUCCAAGCAAAUAGACAGAUAUAUGUUGAGUUUGGUUCAAUCCAUUGCUAAUUAUUCUUUGCUCCUAAAAACCCACUAUUC